AUGAAUGAUGAUCAGAAGACCGAUUUCAGACUCGAUCAAUCAACGUCAAGCAACGGAUUGUUUACCGUCAUAGAGCGAAAGCCGCUCUCGUCAUUAGAUAACAACGAAAGUUUGAAUAUAAGCAAUUUGAGUGACCCCCUUAGUAACUCAAUCGAUAGUUUGACGAAAAAAAAAGAUGAUCGUACACUUAUCAGUGAUAAUAUAUGUGAAGCAUAUAGAUUGAAUAGCUCACAAAUUUUAAAUGACAAUUUAGAUAAUACUGUAAGUAGAAUAAGUUAUGUAGAUGAUGAUGUUUCGUCUUUUUAUGAUUCGGAAAAAGAUGAUGAAUUUUAUUUUGAUAAUGAUAUUUCCACUCUUGGGUCUUGUUACUCAAUUUCAAGCCCAUUGAAAGUUAGUAAAGGGAAAAAAGUAAGGAGCAGUGUGGCGUCUACAACGAAUAGGAGUAGUAACAACAAUAGCAAUAGUAAUAGUAAUAACAAUAGUAAUAGUAAUAACAAUAGUAAUAACAAUAGUAAUAACAAUAGCAAUAGUAAUAGUAAUAACAAUAGUAAUAACAAUAGUAAUAACAAUAGUAGUAACAGUAAUAGUAGUAAUAAUAUCGAAGGGCAUAAUAACAUCGUGUUGGAUGAGAAUUACUCGUAUUACGCCCCAUAUAUGAAUCGACAUUAUAGUAAGAAAUAUUCUAAGAGAGAUCGAAACAAAAGAAGAGAAGGUGGAGGGGAUUAUAGUGAUCAAAGUAAAAUCAAAAUAUGCACGUCAAGUACACAUGAAGAUAAUUUAAAUGACUAUGAUAAAGAGGAAUUAGUAAAAAGUAAAAACAGGGAAUUAUUAUUUAAUGAGGACAUAGGGCAUAAUAAAAUGAUUGUUGAUGAGAAAUCUUUUCGCGUGAACAAGAACAUUUACCGAAUAGUAAAUAUGAAUAAGGAGGACGAAGAUGAUGAGGAAAGUUUUUUAAGAAAACUUGCACAUAUUAGUAGAGGUAUGAUAAGGAAAAAGAAGAGCAAAGGGGGUGUACAGGUCCAGGAAUCGGAAAGAGGGGAAGAACUGGAAGAGGCGGAGGAACACCAUCACAGGCAUAAUGCAAAUGCAAAAUUUCGUAAGAUGAGAAAUAUUUUUACAAGUAAGGAGAGCGAAUCUAAUGAAGCAUAUAACAAGGACUCGAAAUAUUACAAAAACUCGAAUAGAUUUAGUGAAGGGCAUGUUUUAAAGAAAUAUAAUUACCUAUCAAGAUAUAACAGUGACAAGAGAAUAAAAUAUAAAGAACUAAAUAACAAGGAAGGAAGAAAAUCGUAUUCUGAAGAGGACUAUGAUGAUAGACACUGUUAUGAAGGUUACGACGAAUCAUUGCCCUAUGAUUAUGCGAUAACAAAUAAAAUAGAGUCGAGUGGUGAUAGUAACAAUGAUAACAAUGGCAUUAAUAACGAACAUAGUGAUAGUAACAACAACCGCAGUGCGCAGCUUAAAAAAAAGAGGGAGGACGAGUUAAAUUCGAAUAAUGAAUACAUUUCAAAAAACAAAUUGCCCAAAAAAAAUGAAGUGAGGGAACAUGAAUUGCAUGAAGAUGAUAUAUAUUAUGAACCAUAUACGAGAAAAAAUAUUAGGUCCGUAGCACAAUGUAAUGAUGAUAGUGAUGUGUUAAAUACUAAGCAUAUAUUUCAAAAAAAUAAAAAAAAUGUAGAUUAUAAUAUUUCUAAUAAUGGAAAAGAGGUAAUAUUUGAUGGAAACAAGGAAAAGAUGAUGAUGAGUGGUCAUAUAAGAUUUAAAAAUAUGUUAUCAAACAAAUACGAAGAUUAUUAUAGUAACACAAUAAAGCACGAUGAUUAUUACCGAGGUGCACGCAUAAAAAGAGACAGCUCUUUUGAUGCAAACACCAAUAGAUAUAAUAAAUAUGCAGAUAAUUAUGUAUACAGCAACGCGGAUGGGAAAUAUAUGAACGGUGAAGGUGCGAAUUAUAGGAAUGAUGAUGAUAUUAACAAUCACAAUAUUAAUGAUAAUAAUGAUUAUAAUAAUAUUGAUAGUAAUAUAGAUAGUAGCAUUGAUAUUAACGUAGAUAAUAAUGUCGAUGGUAAUAUCGAUAGUAACAAAAGGAAACUUGUUUACAAUUUGAAUAAGAUGCAGAAGGAGGAAGGCGAUGGUAAAAAAUAUUACAGCAACGUGUAUGGCAAAGCGAAUAGAGUGCAAGGAGAUGAAGACGAUUAUACUGACACUUAUAGAAAAGAGAAAUAUGUGGAAGGUUUAUCUGACCGAAAUAAGAUAGAUGGUUACACUAAUGAUGAUUAUAAAAAUGUGGAAGGAAAUGUCGACUUUUACUACAAUAAAAGGGCCAAUGCAAUAAGCUGUAAAAAUAUAAAUAAGAAUAAUAAGAUAGAGAAUAAUAUAUGCAGAGAUGAGUACAACCAUUAUCAGGAGUUUUAUUAUGAUAGGGAGUUAUACAACGAUAGGAAGAUAUACAACGACAGGAAGUUAUAUGAUCAUAGGAACUCUCAUCAUGAUAACUCUUACGAUAACAAAAGUAACAAGUAUUCUUCCACUGUGAAUCGAAAAUAUGAAGAAGGCGAUUCUUGCCUGUACGGUGCAGGUACUUCUUCAACAGCUGUCCACAAAAAUGAAUAUUAUAAUAAAAAUUAUUCGCAUUUAAAAUCAAAUGAUCAUUUAAAUGAGAAUUACAAUAAUAUUAUGUAUGAAUAUAGUGGAAAGUCAGGUAACGACGUGUACAGCCGUAUGAAUGCAAGAAAUGGUUAUAACGAUGCAGAUUAUUACAACGAUAGUGGUAAUGUUAGUGGUAAUGUUAGUGGUAAUGUUAGCGGUAAUGUUAGCGGUAAUGUUAGCGGUAAUGUUAGCGGUAAUGUUAGCGGUAAUAAUAACAAUGAUGACGAAAAUGAUGAUGGUAAUAACUAUGAAGUGAGAGUUGCGCAGAAUAACCCGAUUUACAGCACGUAUGAACCGUACGAACAAAAUAAUGAAGAACAUAAUAACGGAAUGUAUGGUAAAAUAAAAUAUAGGAAUAAUUACAACAUAAACAAUGUAUACUUCGAUGAAGAUCUAGAUGAGCAGGGUGCAUAUUUAAAUGGUGUAAACAGGUAUCAAAAUAUGCCCAAUCAACAGAGUCAUCAUACUCAAUAUGCUCACCAUACGCAGCAUAUGAAUUAUAAGGAGCCAUUGUAUGAUCAGGAAAGCAGCAGGAAUAAUAACAUGCUAAAUGAAAAAGGAUUAAAUGAAAAUGGUGAGAAAGUAAAGGAGGAUAAUCACCAGCAGGGACAUAUACCCUUGACUAUAUCCGAUCCCAUGAAUGAUGAAAAAAGGGAGGAAGAAAAAAAUUCAACCAAACUAUUAAUUGAUUCAAAGAGUAGUACAAAUGGAAUUACAGAAAUUAUCGAUGGGAAGGAGAACAUGACAGUCGGUUUAGUUAAUAAGGAUAAUGUGAUAUCUGAGGAUAAUGUAAACAAGCCAAAUGCAGUGAUGGAUAAUAACAAUAUAUUAAAUCAAAAUGUUGUUCUUCCUGUUGUUACUACCUCGUCUGCACCCCCUAUUGGGAUGAAUAAUACUGAAACUAUAAAUAAACAAAGUGGUGAACAACUUCAUACACCUACUCCUGCUGCACCACCACCUCCUGCUCCUCCUGUGAAGAGAAAAAGGGGAAGACCGAAAGUAAAAAAGACAUCAACUGAGGAAACACAACAAAAUGAAAUACAAAAUAGCGUAAUACCACCUUAUCAGGGAGUUGGCCAAAAUUUACAAACAAAUAAUUUAAAUACGGUUAAUACGAAUAUAAUAAAUGACCCUAACCAACCAUUAUAUAGUAACAUAAGUUCAGUUAUUAACCCAUCCUAUAAUAAUCAACUGGCACAUAAUAUAAAUACGCAUUUACAUAUACCUCCUGAGCUGCAGCCCCAUGGUCAGACUGUGAAUUUUCAGGUACCACCAGGUCCUACUCAGACACUCAUUCAUCAGUUAACCGAUCCGAUAAAUCAGCAGUUAGGACAACCCAUAGUUCAAAAAAUUGGAGGUCACUUAGAUAACCACUUAACACAGCAGGUCGGCCAGCCAUUAAGCCAGCAAAUAGGCAUGCCAAUUAGUCAGAUUGGCCAACAGAUGAAUCAGCAGAUGAAUCAACAGUUAAAUCAGCAGCUAAAUCAGCAGUUAAACCAGCAAAUAAAUCAGCAGCUAAACCAGCAAAUAAAUCAGCAGUUAAAUCAGCAGAUGACUCAUCAAUUGAGCGAGCAACUAAACCAGCAGCUAAAUCAGCAGCUGAGUCAGCAGCUGAACCAGCAGUUGAACCCUCCCUAUAACCAGCACAUGUACAAUAACAACAGUUUAAACAACAACAUGAAUAAGCAAAUGACUCAGUCGGUGUAUAUGAUUCCAAAUAGAAUAAACAACAAUUUUAAUGGAAAUAUGAAUGAUGAGCAAUAUGGACCAAUAUAUGCAAAUUUUGAUAAAGAUGUACCAAACAACAAUAACGUUGAUUCGAAUUAUUAUUAUACAAAUGUAGAUCAAAUGAAAAACCAUAAAGAAAAGUUUUUUCAUGGCGGUGAUGAAAAUGGAAACAAGAAUAACAAAAGACAUACUACUAGAUCAACUGUCAGCGCAUCAGAUGAGAGAAACUCAGAUAGAGAAUUAAAAAAAGUACACAAAAAGAGGGGAAGAAGAAGAAAGACUGAUAAUGAACAAGACACAGAUUAUAAAACAGGAAAUAGUAACACUAACGCGAAUGCUAGUGUUAAUACUAACGUUAAUAAUAGUGAGAACAUGUCUCAAGGUACACAUAAAUAUAGCGUAUGUAAUGAGAAUGUGAGAAAUGAGCACAAAAGUGAUCCAGGGUACUCAACGUUUGUGGAUGAAAACAACAAAACUGUUUCUUAUAGAGUCUCGUAUCACCCUGCGGAUGCCGUUUGGGAGAAGAUAUCAGGUGUUAAGUUCGGUCCUAUGAUUUUAACAGCUCAGAGUAGGACAACAAAUGUUAUUUUGUCGAAAAAGAGAUCGAUUGAACUGGGGAAUAUUCUGCAUAACCUUAUAUAUGGUUAUAUAUACAAAGGAGACAAUGUCAGGCUGACCAUAGGGAAGGAAUCGAAAAAUGUUAAAAGUGGCUCACCUUUUUUCUUGCCAAGUUUUAUGGACUGCAGUAUACACAACGACGACGACCUGGGGUCCGCUAAGAUAUUUUUGUGUUUUGUUUACCUGAAGUGA